UUCCAGCAGCAGCUGGAGCUGUUGCUGCAGCAGCUGUGGCUGAUCAGAUGCAUGAACCAAAAGAAGAUCGACGCCUGGCAAUAGUUUUGGUGGGUUUACCAGCUCGAGGCAAGACUUUUACAGCGGCCAAACUUACAAGAUACUUGCGGUGGCUCGGCAAUGAAACAAAAAUUUUUAAUGUUGGCAAGUAUCGCCGUCUUAGGCAUGGAUCAAAUCAGACUGCUGAUUUUUUCCGGGGAGAUAAUCCGGAAGGCAUGGAAGCACGAAAUGAGGUUGCAGCCUUAGCAAUGGAAGAUAUGCUAUCCUGGAUGCAAGAAGGAGGUCAGGUUGGUAUAUUUGAUGCCACUAAUAGCAGCAGACAGCGAAGAAAUAUGCUUAUGAAAAUGGCUGAAGGAAUCUGUAAGAUAAUAUUUUUGGAAACAAUUUGUAAUGAUGAACGUAUAAUUGAAAGAAAUGUACGUCUUAAAAUUCAGAAAAGUCCAGAUUAUGCGGAAGAGACUGAUUUUGAAGCUGGACAACGAGACUUCAAGGAGCGCCUUGCCAAUUAUGACAAGGUCUAUGAGCCUGUGGAAGAAGGUUCCUAUAUUAAGAUGAUUGACAUGGCCAGUGGGAACGGAGGGCAGAUACAAGUCAACAACAUUAGUGGAUAUCUUCCGGGUCGAAUUGUCUUUUUCCUGGUCAACACUCAUCUCACACCACGCCCUAUUCUGCUGACUCGGCAUGGUGAAAGCCAAGAUAAUGUUAGAGGAAGAAUUGGCGGUGAUUCAGUUUUGAGUGACUUGGGCAAUAUUUACUCGAAGAAACUUGCAAAUUUUGUUGAGAAAAGACUGAAAUCUGAGAGGACUGCUUCUGUAAGAAUUAUUUUGAUCCCUUCCUCCCCCCCCCCCCCCCCCCCCCCCCCCAAAAGGGGGGGACUUACACACACACACACACACUCUUCUUCACUUAUCUCUCAUUCUGUGACUAAUGGCUUCGAAUUUCACUAA